GUCUCUCAAUCUCGCACAGUUUAACUCGUGUCGAAAUAUAGUCGUUUGUGAUAUUUCUUUUUCUUGUAAUUACACCAAAUUUAAAGUACAAAUUCGUUAUACCUUGCACUUUGGUAGUUGAGUUGAAAAUCAAUCAAUCAUGUCGAACCAGCACGAUUCGAGCAAUCCGCUGCCGGCACAAAGUGUCAUGUAUUCUCAAUUGCAGCCAUGGAGCCAGGCGGGGGCACCGCCCUGCAUGGAGCCCAUCGGUGGUCCGACGGUGCCGUCGCGCGUAGCAGCCAGCUACGAGACGACGCAACGGCAUCCAUGGCGCCCAAAGAUGGCAUUUGAGAUGAUCGAGAUAAAGCAUAUGCCGGAGCAGCCAGUGACCAAUCAGAUGACUCAGCCGUGCUUUGUGCCGCAAGGCAUGAAAACCGAAGGUAUGAUAUUUCCCAAUCUGGUCACUGGAUUCGAGCGUAAUCCACAACAUGCGGCACGUGCCGCUCUCUACACGCGCUACACCAACAACGAGUGGCACAACAACAACUUGGGCAUCUACGGCGAGUCCAACACAAAUCGAAAUCUAUCUGAGCGUAUGCGCAAUGAUGCAAUACGUCUGAUGCGUGAAACUGACGAGACGGCCACAACGGGACAACGGGAUGCUGGCCGGCGUCUGGGUGAACGCAUCACGGACUUGACCUUUUGGCGUAAUGAGCUUAAUGCAGAGCUGGAGAAGCUUAUUGGAGAGAUGUCCGAUAUUAAUGAGCUGCAGCGUCAGUGCGGCAAGGCCAUGUUGGACUUGGAGAUACCGCUUCACAUUGCCCAGGAGUGUCUGUUUCAUCGCGAGGGCCGUCAAGGCAUGGAGAAGGUGCACGACAAUGUGGAGAAGGCGCUGCUCUUGGAGAUUAAUCAUUUGCGCAAUUCUCGUGAUCGUCUCAAGGAACUUCACGAGAAGAUCGCAAAGCAAGCAAUCGAUUGCCGAGGCGCACAACAUUUGCUGGAAAUCGAUGUAACCCAAAAGGAGUCCACAAUGGGCAUUGACUCAAUGUGCCAUCGCCUGAAUAACUACAGUCGUGGCAUCACAUACUUUGGCGGCAUUGAGAAGUACGAUCCCACAGUCAGUACUCAGGACUCCUGGGCACUUGCCAGCAGCGAGCAUGUGAAACGCUCCCAGGCUGAACGUGCCAAGCUCUCACAGCUGCGAAGUGACUCUCAGAACGUGGUCAAUGCCGUUGCCUCAUCCGUCUGGGACUUUUGGAACAAUACAAAUAAUGCGUUGGACAGACGCUCCCAGGAAAUGGCUGGCGCCAAGAACCGUGUCCAACUGCACUUGCAGAAAGUGCAACAGGAAUUGUUUGACAUGGAGAAGCAUCUGUUUCUGCUGCAGAAGGCCAUACAGGACAAGUCGAAUCCACUUAAGGUGGCCCAGACACGUCUCGAGGCUCGUUCGCAUCGCGAGGGCAUGGAACUUUGCAAGGAUACUGCACAGGAUCGUCUUGUGCAGGAGGUACAGGACAUUCAAGGCACUGUUGACGUGCUGCAUCACAAGCUGCAGGAGGCGGAGGCCACUCACCAGUCAUUGCUCAAAACCCGUUGCAUCUUGGAGGAGGACUUGCGCAACAAGGUCAACGCAUUGUUUAUCGAUCGCGAGAAGUGCAUGAGUCUCCGACGAUCUUUCCCCAUAAGCAAUCUAAUUCGCUAUUAAUUUCGAGAUAUUUUUUUUUAUUAUUUAAAAUUGUAUCACGUGUCUGUUUAGUCUGUAUUCACAAAUAUACAUAUGUAAUUCCAAA